UGCGAGAGAGAGAGAGAGAGAGAGAGAGAACGAGAGCGUAACUGCAUGUGAGACAAGGGGGAGGUGAACACAAGGAGGACCUGAAAAAGGGCUGUACAACUAGCCAUUACAUACACACCGAAGCACUUGGGAGUACAGGAAGUCGCAUAUCACUGACUCCUUGGAUCCUGGCAGCAGCGGAGCUUCAUCCAGUGGCCUUUCAUUUCUCUAACACAACUAGAGGUUAAGACAUUAAGCCCUGUCUGGAUAUGCCAUAUACUUGCUCGAGGAGUCUCUCUCAAGCAAAUAAACUAUAUGUCAGCUCUGAUGGUGGGUUAAAGAUCAUAUCGCUUGGCUUAAGCUACCCAGAGAGAUUUGAUCAGUAAUGCAAGGAUAAAGAAGGAAAACUACAGAAACCAUCUGUUUACAAUACAAAUAUAUGGAUUGAGCACAGUAAAGCCUUGUUUGAAAGUUAAGCGAUUACAAUUGCUGCAGUCAGAAUGUUUGGACGACCUUUCAGCUGAAUGUGUUUUUUCAUGUGCUAAUGAAUCGACAGGAAAGCACCAAGCUCUGCCCUUCAUCUUGACAUUGUUGAAACGUUUUAAAAGCAGGGGCUACGCGUGUGCCUUUAAAGAAACAGUCUGUCUCGGAGGGGAUUGCGAUAAACUCAAGGGACGUGUUUUGGUGACUGACUCAAAACGAAAGACAAAUAUCUGGAUAAGAGAUCGAAACCAGACGCAAAUAGAACAGUCUUCCAGCCUUUGCCGCAUUUGCAAAAGAGCAAAUCCAAGUUGUGAAAUUUUCUUGGCACUUUUCCAUGGGAACUGGUCCAGGGUGCAUUGAGAAGUACCUCCAGGGAGGUCUUGUUAGAGUUUGAAUAAUAUUGCGUGGAUUGAAAGCAAAAGUGUAUUCCUCAGCUCAUCUCUGUGCGGUAGCGGGUCUACUCCGAAGGAUUACCGUAAAGAAAAACGUCCAGCAAAAUGUAGAGCUUUAAUUUGACUUUGAUCCUGCUUUUGAUCCUUGGUUCUUCACAAUUCGGGAAGCAUAAAACAGCCAGGGGAUUCCAAAACCACCUCAUACAAGGCAAACUUACGCCCCAGCUGAGAAAAAGAAAGCUUUUGUCACACCCAGGCAAGUGUGCCGGUUAAGAGGGUGCUGAGCGAAAGAACAGCGUCUCUUACACGAGGACGGAGCUGCACAGCCGGGAUGGAGUGCAAGCAUGAGCCUGCAAGAAGAGGGGACAGCUGGGGAGGGCCUACCACUACAACAUCCUCUAUCCUCGACAAGACUGGAGCAAAGACAUCCCUGGAGAGGCACAGUACUAACAUCUUGGAGAAAGAUGACCACUGCGGGGUCAAAGCAAAGCCAGGCUUGACGUCUUGCCAGAUGGAGCGGAAAACAAACCUCAGCAGAAGUGCCAGUUUGUCAGAGAAGGAGCUGAAAGAGGCACGUACCAAGAGUCAGAUCAUUGCUGCUCAGCUCCAGGCCAAUUCCAACUCUAAAGGUGUACAACUUUUCAACCGUCGCAGACAGAGAGUGAACGCUUUCACACUCGUGAGUGUCGGAGGAGGGGGAGCGGAGGCAUCUGAGAAUGUAAUUGAUUUAUCUUCUGAAAGUCCACAGACAUGGGUCAAACAGCACUCUACUGAGGACCAGCAUACAGAGUUGAAUCACAGGAACCUCAAGACAGGUCUGACGUGGUCGGCUGGCAGAAUCCGCAGUACUGGUUGUGACAUGGAAGAUGCUAGCAAGGUUACGCGGGAGGAUUUAGCAGAGGAAAGUGGCCUAGAAAGACACUUUCUACCCGUCAAUGAGAAGGAUGAAGAGCUCUCAGAAGACCUUAAAGAGGAUGUUAAGGAUGAGGUUACUCUUAGAAGUGGGAAUACCCUUGUUGUUAUGGACAGAACUGGUCAGGAUGAAGCUGAAUCCAAUGGAGCGUACAAUAAAGAAAUUGCGAAUGGAUACAGUAUGCAGUGCAAUGGAAAAGCAGCCAAGACGGUGACUAAACAGCCCACGAUCAUAAACAGAACAGCUCGACCAUUUUUCUCCCCGCCAACAGUUGGAUCCUCUGAAGCUACAAGUUCAGUCAUGGAACUCCCUCCAACCCCAUCCCAUGACUCCACAACACACUUUGAACCACAGCCUUCAACUUACCAAAUGCACGCAAGACCUGUUUUCUCUCCACCACCACCACCUCCGCCUUCAUAUCCAACUCCUCCUCUCCCUAGCUACUCCAGCCCUCCUCCACCUGACACAGCCUAUGCUCCCUCACCCCAACCUUCUUCCUACUACAUCCGCCCAUCUGCCCCCAGGCCUACAUUUGUCCCUGAACUCUUGAGCGAGAAGAGAUCCUCAACGCCUAUCAAAACGGGUAUCCUCGAUGAGGGCCGGUCUCGCCGAGCAACCCGUAAGUCAAUGUUCACAUUUCAGGAGAAGCCAAAAGUGGCUCCGAAUCCUGAACUCCUGUCCUUGGUGCAGGGUGCAGAUGAAAAGAAGAAACCGAAACCCCAGCCAGAUGCAGCGCAGGAGGAGGAGCUGCUAGCUCUUGGGGCCGAAGCCUCAAACUUCCUGGCCAAGGAGGACGUUCACGAGGAAGCUUUAGUGCCACAGUGGGCCUCGAGUUUGAAAAGCUCCAGGACACGUGACAGGACGGAGCACAAGCCUGAGCACAAGCCUGAGCAAGCCCUGACCAAUGCUUCAGGAAAAGGAGCUGAACUGUUUGCCAAACGCCAGUCGAGAAUGGAAAGGUACGUCCAUGACAGCAAGGAGCUGAGAUCUCCCUCUCCUACCACGUCCUUGCCUCCUUCGUGGGUGUAUCCAUCCAACAUGCCCGGUCGAGUAAAGGCCAUAGUGAACACCUCUAAUAUUAGUUUGCAGAUUUCAAAGACACUUCAAGCUCAGCAGGCCACACAGAAAAAGACUAUCCCUGCCAAAAUGCCAGGACCCGCUCUGUCUCCACCACCAGAGAUACCCUUGGAGAACGGUUGCACUAAAAUCGAGAUGGAGCUGUCAAGACAUCAGCCGUACCAGCUCAACUCAUCCCUCUUCAUCUUCAACCCAACAAAAGAUCCCUACAGCACUCUUCCCAGAGCCGCCCCAGCUCCUAAACCUGUCAUGACAGCCCACUCCUACUCGAGACAAUCGUCCCUCCCAACAAGCCCAUUGCCAUCACCGUACAGCCCGUCUGCUGCCUAUCGGUCAGCCCAUUGCUUUUCGCCUCCCAUGACGCCUCUCAGUCCCAUCACAGCAAGCAGCGUCAGUUCCCCAGUGUCUCCAUUAGCUCCAGGACGUGUGGCUUCACCUCGCUCUGGCGUCCAAGCUCCACGUCCUACGUUCUCCGCCAAAAAAGCUGGUAUCACCCCACAGAUUAAGGAGGAGACCCCGGCACCAGUUAUUAGCCCCGGCUCCACCACCCCAACCUCCAGGACGCCCAACCUCACUCGACGCUUCACCAGCCCCGAGGUGCUUUCCACUGCUGUCUGGUCCCCCAGCAGCCCUCUAGUGACCUCUACAUCAUCCAGCCCCAUCUACAAGCCCACACCAAUCUCCCCCUCCCCCCGACCCAUCCAUAGGCCCGUCGCGACAUGCCCUUCCCCAAGACCCAUCCACAGACCCAUUGCAACCACUCCAGGUACCAUCUUCAAGCCUACCGCCACCUCUCCUGUGUCUCCACCCUGGGAAACCAGGUGCCAGUCCCCGGCCGCCAUCCAGGACACCAAAGCCAACCAUCGCAUUUUGGCCAAAAACAUCAUCAAUGCCGCCAAGCGGAAAAACAGUCCGUCUCCCAGGUCGCUGAGCGGGCGCAGUCUGCCCAUCUCCCCGGUGAACGGUGGGAUCUUGCCUUAUGAACACAAGCCCGCUAGUCCCUUUCAGCCACGGAUGCUGGGGGCUCAGUCGCCCACCCUUACCAGUCCAUCGCCCACCCGCAUGAUCCACUCUCCGGUGCGUUUGUACAACACCCGCUCGCUGACCGACUCCGACGCCUCGGUCGAGUCUGAGGAUUCAGGUCUGCGCUCUCCAGGAGUGCGCAGCCACAACACCUGCCCCCGUGGCUGGACCGGCGGUCUGCAGGUGAAGAGGGGAGGCCUGCCUGAAGAUCUGUAGGAAGCACUUAAGGAUGAUUUAUACUUCAGCCUGAUUUCGUGGUAGACCAAAGUGCCCCAUAAAUAUUGAA